GGCGGAGUUUACAGUGUGUGUGUGCAGGAGACUGACGGACGGACGGAGAGACGGACACUGCUGUUAGUUUUUAUUUUUACAGUUUAACAUGCGGGAAAUGAAAGUUUGCACGGUCAGCUGACAGCAUGGACAUCACACGGACAGUCUGACAGCUGCAGGGACAGACAGUCUGCUUGGUUUGCAAGUAGAGGCUGUGGAUCAGGAUCAACCAUGGUGCAGGAAUACCAGUCCCCUGUCCGGGUCUACAAGCAUCCAUUUGAGUUAAUAAUGGCGGCCUACGUGAGGAGGUUCCCAAAGUGCCCCCUCAUCCCGGUGUUUGUAGACAGUGAGAUCAUCAGUGAGAACCAAAGCCAGGAUGGAUCCACGCUGGUUACUGAGAGGCGCUGUGUGAUCGACAUCGAUGCCCCGCGGCUUCUCAAGCGGAUUGCCGGUGUAGACUACCUGUACUUUAUCCAGAAGAACACUCUGAAUCGCAGAGACAGGACGCUCCGCAUUGAGGUCCACAACGAGACCUUUUCCAGCAGAGUCAUUGUCCGCGAGUGCUGCAAUUACACGGUUCACCCGGAAAACGAGGACUGGACGUGCUUCGAGCAGACAGCUAGUCUCGAUAUGAAGUCCUUCUUUGGAUUCGAGAGCACAGCAGAGAAGAUAGCUAUGAAACAAUACGCCAGCAGCAUUAAGAAGGGUAAAGAAAUUAUUGAGUACUACCUCAGAGAACUGGAGGAAGAAGGAGUAACUUACAUACCUCGAUGGACACCCCCGGUUGCCUCUGGUGCUUCUAGGCUUGAGCUGCUGCGGGCAUCCACUGCCAGAACCAUCCCACUGAAAGGUGCUAAGAAUGGGUUGGACAGCAAAGACCCAACCGGUCCCACAGAGCUGGUGGUUGGCUCUCCUGACGACAAGCUGGAUGCCGACUACAUCAGACGUUACCUAGGUGAUUUAACGCCUCUGCAGGAGAGCUGUCUCAUUCGACUGCGCCAGUGGCUCCAAGAAAACCACAAGGGCAAGAUUCCAAAGGAUCAGCAUGUGCUGCGUUUCCUGAGAGCCAGAGAUUUCAACCUUGACAAGGCCAGGGAGUUCUUGUGCCAGUCGCUUACCUGGAGGAAGCAACACCAGGUAGAUUUCCUGUUAGACACAUGGGAGCGCCCACAACUGCUUCAGGACUAUUACACAGGCGGCUGGCACCACCAUGACAGAGAUGGCCGUCCUCUGUAUAUCUUGCGUCUGGGACAAAUGGACACUAAGGGCUUGGUACGAGCCUUAGGAGAGGAGGUGCUACUGAGACAGGUCCUGUCCAUCAACGAGGAGGGACUGAGGCGCUGUGAGGAAAACACCAGAGUCUUCGGUCGACCCAUUAGCUGCUGGACUUGCCUGGUGGAUCUGGAGGGUUUGAACAUGCGUCACCUGUGGAGACCAGGAGUGAAGGCUCUGCUGAGGAUCAUCGAAGUGGUGGAGGCCAACUACCCCGAGACUCUGGGUCGCCUGCUCAUCCUGAGGGCACCCAGAGUUUUUCCAGUGCUCUGGACGCUGGUCAGUCCCCUGAUUGAUGAGAACACCCGUAAGAAGUUCCUUGUUUACGCCGGAAAUGACUACCAGGGUCCAGGAGGUCUGGUGGACUACAUUGACAAAGAGAUCAUCCCCGACUUCUUGGGCGGGGACUGCAUGUGCGACAUCCCUGAGGGAGGUACGGUCCCCAAAUCUCUGUACAGGACUGCAGAGGAGCUGGAGAGUGAGGAGAACCGCCUGUUGACUGACUCCAUCUAUAAGAGUGCCAGUAUUUUCAAAGGAGCCCCGUAUGAGAUGUUAAUUGAGAUCACAGAGGCGUCCUCCGUCAUCACCUGGGACUUUGACGUGUCUAAAGGAGAUGUGAUUUUCAGAAUCUACCACUCCAAAAGGGCCCCACAGCCUCCCAAGAAAGACGCUCUCGGAGCCCAUGGCAUCACGUCCCUCGGGGUUGUUAACGCGCAGCUGAUAGACAAGAGCUGGGUGUUGGGGAAGGACUACAGCAUGGUGGAGAAAGCCCUCACAUGCAGGGAGGGAGAGAGCGUGCAGGGCUCCCACGUGACACGCUGGCACGGCUUCUACAUCCUCCAAUGGCGCUUUCACAGCUCCCCGGCCUGCACCGCCUCCAGCCUGCCUCGCGUGGAUGACGUGCUGGCCUCGCUCCAGGUCUCCUCCCACAAGUGUAAGAUCAUGUACUACACCGAGGUGCUGGCCUCCCAUGACUUCAGGGGAUCCAUGACCAGCCUGGAGUCCAGUCAUAGUGGUUUCUCUCAGCUCAGUGCUGCCACUACUUCCUCUAGCCAAUCACACGCCAGCUCCACCAUCUCAAGAUAGCAUCUGGUCAGCAGGUGUCACAAGCAGCAGUGACCUAAAACCUAGUGACGUUUUGCUCCAGCCGUGCCUUAUGCUUUCAAGAAGAAGCUGUUUGUACUCUUACACUUAAAUUUGAUGUUUGUUUCUGUACUUAAAGUGUCUGUUUCCUGCACAUGUGAUGUUUUCUUUUUAAUAACAGUAAUCUCAUUUAAUAGAUGUGUAUCCUUAAGUGCCAUUACAGAGGAGUAGUUUUUACAUGAGGUUAAAUGAAUGCACAGCACACGUGGCUUCUUUCCCUGAAAGUUGCUUUCACCGUCCACAAGAUGUCAGUGUACUCUGUGACUGUAACUGCUCUCAGAUCUGCGAGCACUCACCGUUUCACUCACACACUUUGUCUGGCCUUCAAAGAAACUGAAGGGAGAAUAGUUUAAAUAAAGAUUUUAUCACAAGAAUUAA